AUGGUCCUCCUAACAUCGUCGACCGUCUCGGUCAUUAUCUCUAGCGGCGUUGUCUGCAUGUUCACAUUCCUGUUAUUUCUCUCGGGAUACGUGCUACAACAGCAAUCCGUGCGGUCCAUACAAGAAGCCAUUCGGCGACCGCCUGAACGAAAGCCUGUGCCUACGCUGCCUCCUCAAUUUCAACAUGAAGACAAUGACACCGUCCCAAAAGUGUUGGAACAGCCCCAAGAUGGCUCGCAGUCUGUUAUGGUCAUUGAGGGUAUUCAGGGGGCCGGAAGGGAGGGAGAUAUGCUGGACUCGGUACAAGUGCCAGUAAUCGUCGAGGGUCAGAAUGGAGCGCCCUUGGAUGCUUCUCCAGAACUGUCGGGAUCACCUUCGAGAGAUCAAAUGCCACUCCAACGACUCGCAUAUAUGUUCGCUCUUCUCGAGCCCCAUCACCUGUGCUCGGCUCUCCUUUUUGCAAAACACCAGCGGUCAUCCUCACGGCUGUCCAAAGAACCGUCUAUCGUACUGCUCUAUCCAUCCACGUGGGAGACGGACUUCUCCCCUCUCUACACGUCAACACUGAGUUUUAUGCGCGAAAUCCAGGAAUUGCACAAUCUCAUUUACCACCCAGUGCGAAUAUACGAUGCAUGGGACGUCAGGUCUCAAUUACUUGGGGAGCUGCAGUGGGGUCGAUGGGAUUAUGAUCAAGCACUGUUCUUGCGAUCGCCGGGAAUGGUUAUCGAUAGCCAGAUGCUGGACGCCGCAUUGGCGUCUCCUGAUACGAGGAAGACAUGGGCGCCGUUGAAUCCAUCUUCGGGAGAUGACCCAGACCUCCUGCUUAUCACCCCAAGAGGUCUUCAGAGUCCGAGGAGGGAACCCAGGAAGUUGGUGUCUUCGGCGUCCGCUAACAUCCCCGAUGCUGGUGACGAUGGCGUGCAGAUACGAGAAUUGGGGCAGGGACCAGCUUAUGUGCUGCUUGAUAACCAAGCUUUGAGUGACGAAGAAAACGAUGUGUGGUUUGACGAAAUAAAGCGGAAGUUCGGACAAGAGACAAGCAAUGUUUGUGGAGGUAGCGGGCUCUUGGAAGACAACUUGAAACUGGCGCUGCAGAGGACUCUGAGAUAG